AUGUCCCAAAAGUCACCCGAAAAGCCUGAAUAUAUCAGGUACGUGUCAGUAUAUACUGGCCCUGGUUUAUUCUCGAACCUCCGGGAUGAGUAUGUGGAUGCAUGGUACACCCUCAUGGUGGGCCGAAGCGGCAAUAUAAUCAACGACGAGGAUAUUACACCCGAAACAUCCUACAUCAGAGAGGUUCAACUCCACUCGCACUUGCUGAUCAAGGUAAUCGUCAACGAGAAGAACCUUCCAGAUCGGGUAAUCCGCCAUGCCGCCGCGCAUACUGUCACCGGCCUCUUGACAGCUGAGCCAACGGCCUUUACAGCUUCUGGAGUGCAGGGGCUUUGUCAAUCACACCGAUUUGAUUACGGAGAUAUGCCAGCUCCACUCAAUGAAAUCUGUUAUGAUUUUCCAUGUGAUCUGGAGCACGUUGUUCUUCGACUUGACCCUGGGCAUCAUCCAAUGUUUCAGGGCGGAUCUAAACCAACCACUGAAAUCCCGCCCCGUGAGUGGACCCCUGCAGAUAUAGAGACGCAAUAUUCUAGCUAUCCGGAGAGCUGCGCUGAGAGUAUAGACUGCAGAGAGGAAAGACAAGGGUAUCACAAAAGGUUGGGUGCUGAUGCUGUAACAUUUAGCAGGAGUUCAACUGGUGAGACCGAAGUCUUUGUCCACCAUCAAGCUGCGCCGUUCGAGGAAAUCUCGCGCUGGGGCAUGAUUGAGUGA